AUUCCCGCCCCCAUCGAAAGCUAAGGUCACACUGUUUUUCCUUUUGGUAUUGCUCGAACGUUCGCAAAAAACUGUUGAAAAUACUUGGAUGCGAAAGCUUAGUGAUAAAAUAGAAAAAAAUUGAAUUAUUCGUGAAGUGCUAAGUGCUAACUAACUUGUGCAAAAUGUAUUUUUUGGCAUUGUUAGCGUUUAUUGGAAAUGCCAAAGAUGGAAACGCGGUGAGCUCUAGCCUCAUCCCAGGUGGCCAUUGUCGGGACUUUAAUGGAAAGCUGUAUGAGACUGGCAUGCACUAUAUGCCCGGGCCGGACUCCUGCCGGCUGUGCAUCUGCGACAGCGGGCUGCCCAAGGCCUGCAAGAUGGUGCUCUGCGAGGCCUUCAGCAAGUGCAAGUCGUUCCAAACGGUGGGCAGCGGCAACAACUGCUGCGAAGUCAUCUGCCUGGAUGACCAGUUCAGUGACGGGAGCACAGACUUUGGCAUUUGA